GUGCUGCCCCUCUCGUCAAGGGUUGGAACUUAAUUCGUGUGAUAAUUGCGCGUGACUUGCGCCUCGGAGACGGUCCCGUGCGAGCGUGUUCCCAGUGGGGUGGGCUGCUUGGUUUGUUUUCCAGGUUGCUCUGCUGGACAUAGAUAUCUGUGGGCCAUCAAUCCCCAAGAUGAUGGGUCUAGAAGGAGAACAGGUUCAUCAGAGUGGAUCUGGAUGGUCUCCAGUGUAUGUUGAAGAGAACUUGGGUGUCAUGUCAGUGGGGUUCUUGCUCAGUAGUCCUGAUGACGCUGUUAUCUGGAGAGGACCAAAAAAAAAUGGGUUGAUCAAACAGUUUCUCCGAGAUGUGGACUGGGGUGAAAUCGACUACCUGAUUGUAGAUACCCCUCCAGGAACCUCAGACGAACACUUAUCUAUUGUGCAGUACCUCAGCGCAGCGCACAUCGACGGUGCUGUUAUAAUCACCACCCCUCAGGAAGUGUCGCUUCAGGAUGUUCGGAAGGAGAUCAACUUCUGCCAUAAAGUGAAACUGCCAGUCAUAGGGGUUGUGGAAAAUAUGAGUGGCUUUAUAUGUCCGAAGUGUAAGAAAGAAUCUCAGAUCUUUCCCCCAACUACUGGAGGUGCAGAGAAGAUGUGCCAGAACUUAAAUGUUUCCCUCCUGGGUAAAGUGCCUCUAGAUCCUCAAAUAGGAAAAAGUUGUGACAAAGGUCAGUCUUUCUUGGCUGAAGCACCUGAGUCUCCAGCUACAUUGUCUUACAGGAGUAUCAUUCAAAGGAUUCAGGAAUACUGUGAUCAACACCAUUUUCAAGAAGAAAAGAUUAUCUAAACUAUGAAUGGAAUAAAAAUUUAGUUCAUGUUUAAUUACAGAACAGUAACUUAUGCCUUGAUUUAAUAGAAGGAAUGUAUUCUUUUUGUAUAUUGCAAAUAAAUUCUUAAUAUAAA